AUGACGCACCGCAUUGAUCCAAAGACUGUUCGUUACUUUGAAAGUCGUGCCGACGUCUUCUUAAAAAAGUGCAGCGUUGAUGAAAGAGAGGACUUCAUCCUUAAUACGUUUGCCGAAGUCAAUAAGGAGGGGUGGUUCGUUUGCACAAACGCCAAAAUAUGUUCCAGUCUGGAAAAGUUGAUGCCGUACGCGAGCAUCACUGCCAUCGGUUUAAUUCUAAAGGCCUUCUCUAAAGACUUGGACUCGGUUUUCAACACGAAGUUUGCACACCACGUUCUUCACGCGGCUCUAAAGCGUUGUACCUACGACUUGGAGUCAGUCGCUUUGUGCGACCCCUUGGAUCCCUCCUAUUCUGACCGCCUAACUGACCUGGUAAACAGACUUCUCCUCAGUAACGAAUUCGAUACUUUUGUAGUCGAUGCCAUCACUUGUCCACUGCUCCAGUGUCUGCUCAUUGUGUGCUCCAAACGCCUUGAAGAAAAUUUCGAUUCCAUUUGUUCCCACAUCCUGAAGAAGUCUGUAUUGCUUAAGCCAUCUGAGGCAGAUACUCUCGCUGUUUCACCUGAGCAGACUGUGAGGUAA